CUAACACAACACUGUAAAGCAAUUAUACUCCAGUUUGAAAAAAAAAAGGUCUGAUUCUCCAUUUGUCACCAUCGGCACCUUCUAGCUUUACUUGGUUCUACUGCCAGUGGGAGAGAGUCAUGGAUCUGGGAGCCUCAGGAAAUGAUUCAGUUGUCACUGAGUUUGUCCUGCUGGGCCUCACGAAGACCCCAGCUCUACGGCCCAUCCUCUUUGUCAUCUUCCUUCUCGCUUAUGUAGCUACUGUGGGGGGCAAUUUCAGCAUCCUGGCUGCCAUCCUCGCUGAACCCAAACUCCACACCCCCAUGUACUUCUUCCUGGGGAACUUGUCCCUGCUGGAUGUCGGGUGUAUCAGUGUCACUGUCCCUGCAAUGCUGGGGCAUUUCAUGUCCAAUAACAGAAGCAUUCUCUAUCGGUCCUGCCUCUCGCAGCUCUUCUUCUUCCACCUCCUGGCCGGGGUGGACUGCUUCCUGCUGACCGUCAUGGCCUACGACCGCUACCUGGCCAUCUGCCAGCCCCUCACCUACAGCACCCGCAUGAGCUGGGGAAUCCAGCGAGCCCUGGCCAGCAUGUCCUGUGUCUUUUCCUUCUCCAAUGCGCUGACUCAAACUGUGACUGUAUCUACUCUCACCUUCUGUGGCCCCAAUGUGAUCAACCACUUCUACUGUGACCUCCCGCAGCUCUUCCAGCUCUCCUGCUCCAGCACCCAGCUCAACGAGCAGUUGCUCUUUGCAGCAGCAGCCUUCAUGGGUGUGGCCCCCUUGGUCCUCAUCACUGUGUCCUAUGGGCAUGUGGCAGCCGCAGUCCUGCGGAUCCGCUCAGCGGAGGGCAGGAAGAAAGCCUUCUCCACGUGUGGCUCCCACCUCACCGUGGUGGGCAUCUUCUAUGGCACAGGUGUCUUCAGCUACAUGCGGCUGGGCUCAGUGGAGGCUUCGGACAAGGACAAGGGGAUUGGCAUCCUCAACACCGUCAUCAGCCCCAUGCUGAACCCUGUCAUCUACAGUCUCCGGAACCCCGAUGUGCAGGGCGCCCUGAGACAAGUGUUCACGCGUAGACAGCCCCCCACGUGAGAUCUCUUGCUCUGGCUUUAAAGAAUAUCAUGGCUCCACUUACUGCUUCCAAGAGGUACUGCGAUUAGUACAAAUGGAAUGUGAACAUGGUGAAAUCAAA